GAGAAGAAAAAGAAGAAGAAGAAGAACUCACCUGACGACACCUGUGGGGGCGACUGAGGGUUCAGGUUCUGAUUCUGAUUACUACCGCAGGAGCAGACAAGGAUCUCAAUCAGGACCAGCGCCGGGACCGGGACCACGACCAGGACUAGGACUACGACUGGUUUUAAGGCCAGGAUCAGAUGGACGACAAGAUAAAACAGUCUGAGGAGGAAGAGGAGGAGGCGAGGUCGGCCAUGAUGAAGCACGACACGCUGCAGAGGGGGAAAGGAGACCGGAUGAGUGUGAUGUCGGACGCCUCCCUCCACAUGUCCAGCUGGACGGAGAGCGAGAGAGAGCUGAAGGCCGGGAGGGGGGAGAUGGGGGGAGGCAGCCUGGAGGCCGUACUCCCCACACACCUGGAGGAGGAGCACGGAGGAAACUACCUGCCGGAGAAAGCAGCUCAGGUGUUCAGCCCCGCAGUGACCGUCCUGCCCUCCCCCACCAUAGACCCACACUCCGAAGUAUUGUGGGAUUCCGAGAGGAGUCCUUUCCUCAGACCUCAGGACUACAAUCAACAUGGCUUCCCGGGCGACUGGCUCGAUGACACCAAGCCAGCGCCAUGUGGGGGAGACUGCCUCGGCAGGGACGUCCUGAAAAUGGGCGUGUCCUUGAUGACGUCGGCGCUCUUCUUCCCCCUCAUGGUGUGGGGCGGCUUCGUCUUCUUGCCGUUUGACGCCCCCUUGCUGGACAGCGCCCCCCUCAGGCUCGUCUACACCAUGCGCUGCUCCAUAUUCGCCACCGUUCCCAUCGUCCUCGGCUGGUUGGUUCUGGGCGUCUUUCGUCUUCGCAGCGGCGCAACUCGGCCCUUGUUCGACGACAUCGUGAAGGAGCCAGACUUCCAGGAGGUCAGAGUUCACCAGCGGUUCAUCGCUGACUCCGUCUCCCUGUUCCUGAUCUACUUCCUGCAGCUGGUCGUCAUGGCGAUGUACCUGAGCCAGGAGCAGCUGAAGCUCCUCCCACUGCUGACCAUCAACUUCGCCUUUGGACGGCUGGUGUACUGGGCGGCGGCGGCUUUCGGGAGCAGCAUCCGUGGUUUCGGGUUCGGCCUCUCCUUCCUUCCCAGCGUCGCCAUGAUGGUCGCAAACUUUUAUUUCAUCUUCACGGUGGAGGCGGCCAGCUCCGUCUUCAGCCUCCCUGCUUCUCAGGAGGUGCUGCCUCCACCCGGCAAACAGAGAUUCUGGGGAUAAGCUCUGAUCAAAACUCAAUCAAAGGCUGGAAAUAUUCAGCUUCACCCACUUAUUUUACUGUAUGAUUAAACUAUGUCAAAACUUUGUAGUCUAAAUUUUUUUAUACUGAAUAAAAAAAUGAAAAAGCUUUUUUUAUGAAUAUUUUGAAAUGUUCCAUGUGCCAGCAGCAGGAAGUUUCAGAUAUGCUGGUAAAUAAAAUGAAGUCAAACAGAAUUUCAAUGAUCCAUUAAACUAAUUUUGAAUAAUUAGCAUAGCAGCAUAGCUUGAGUAUGACAGAAGUAGAAGUUCCUGAUCUGAACCUCUAUAAACUCUGCAGUCAGUGGAUCAACUUGCUGUAGGAUGUUCGCUUAUAGUAUGUAUAAUCUCCAACCAGAGUCUGGUUCUGUAGAAAGUCUCCACGUCUGACUCUGGUUCAGCAGCGUUGCUCAUGUGGAAUUGAUGGUUUUCCUUUUGAUGAAUGUUAUUGAUGCUCUGUAAAUAAAAGUGAAUGUAAUUACUG